CCACAACACAAGCUUAUCCGAUAAAAAUGAUUAUUAUCAAUGCGUUCAUUGUUACUACCACCUCCUUCUGAUAGGGGCAACCGCCAUCAUGUCGGCUCUAUCAUUCUUAUCCAAGAAAUCAUGGCAUACAGGGCUACAAAGCAAUCAAGAAGCGGUAUGGAAAGCAGAAAAAGCAGCAUUGGAAGAACGAAAAAAGUUGGAUGAAUUGCGUAAAGAAAGAGAUCGUGAACGUGAAUUACAAGAGCUUGAAAGAUUGAACCAAGAAAGUGGCGGUAGAAAUGGAAAAAGACAAGAAAAGGUGGAUUGGAUGUAUCAAGUGCCUGCAAGUAUUGCAUCAUCAUCACAAACACAAUCGGCAAGUAAGGAAGAAUUGGAGGAGUACCUCUUAGGGAAGAAGAGGGUGGAUAAAUUACUCACCAAAGGAGAUGAGACGGAGAAAGUGUCCAAGGACGGAAAUGCUCCCGCUCAGGCCUCUUCGUCGGCAGGCCAAGCAGGCAGCAGUGCUCCGACUUUCGGUGAUGUAGGCUCAGAUAGAGACGUUGCCAGUAAAAUUCGAGAAGAUCCAAUGUUUGCCAUCCGACAACAAGAGCAGGCGGCAUACCAAGCUUUGCUGAAAGAUCCAGCAAGGCUUCGUGCCAUGCGUAAAGCGGCAGGAAUGGAUGUUGGAAAGGAAGAAAGCAAAGAAGAAAGACGGCGGAGAAAAGAGGAGAAGAGGAGACGCAGAGAUGAGGGGGACUACUCUCGUUCGGAACGAACAUCGGAAGGCAGAUAUCGAAGUGAGAAGGACGACAGCUACAGCAGAAAUGGGUAUGAUGACGACAGAAAAAGGAGGUCUUCCAGACGCGAUGACAGAUACGACGACGAUCGUAGUAAGCGGAGCUCAAAAGACGACCGUAGAUCCCAUUACGAUCACCGAUCUGAAGACCAUUCCCGCUCUCGCCACUCGCAUCGCCACGACGACAGAAGACGCAAUGAGCGAUUUGAUCGAGAUCGCUCGCCAAGACGUUCAGUCUCUCCACAAGAUUCGCGAAAGUAUGAGAGAAGGGAGCAAUCUUAUCGAUCUUCUUCUCCCAGACGGUCGUACCGCAACGAAUCAUCUUCUAUCCGUGCUCCAGGCUUUUCAGAAGUACCUUCCAGAGAUGCAAACGCAGAACGUGAAGCCAAAUUAGCAGCAAUGCAAAAGAAUGCCGUCGAUCUUUCUUCUUCUCGGGAUGCAUACUUGGCAAAAGUCAAGGAACAAGAACAAGCAGAUUUGGCAAGAGAAGAAGCUUUGCGUGCAAAAGUUCAAUCAAGCCGAAACAAUCGAAGUAACGGUAGUGGAUUUGGUACAGAGGCAAAAGGUUCUUUCUUACGUGAACAAGAACGUUCUUUGUACGGUAGUGGUGCAAGUCGAAACGGCAGUGAGAAUGUGGACUUGGCUGAAAGGUUAAGAAGAGGACGUGAUACCCUGCAACGAUUCGGUGAUGAAUCUUGA